AUGGCGCAUUUUCGUUAUCUUCGUACCUUCAUCGACGAGGAACCACCAGCAGAGGCUAUGGCUCGCUCCAAGAGCCAGCCAGCACUGGGACGCCCAGCGAUGGAAGCUUCAGAGGAGGACACAUUCCAAGCGGACUACACAGUCCAGUUGGAGCAGCGUGCAUUCACCAACUUCCAUCCGCGGCCAGCACCGGCGCCACUUGAUGCAGCGCCCGUGGUGGCCCCUGUCGUGGAGAUAGCAGCAGCAGCAGCAUCAGCAGCAGCAGCUGUGCCACCAGUUACGAGUGACACAGACCGCAGCAAUUGUGGAAGCCGUGGACAUCCGCAGUUGUGCAGGCGUCCAUGCAUCCAUUUUGCCAAAGGAGAAUGCGAAUUGGGGGAUGCCUGUGGAUAUUGCCACUUCACCCAUGCCAAAAGUCCAUCCUUGGACAAGCGGCAGCGGACCAUGAUACGAAAUAUGGACACUUGA